CAUUGUGCAUAAUUGUUGACAUUGUUCAUUGUUGUCUGUUGAUGUUAUCAAGAUAAAUUCCUGCUAUUUAAUAAAAAAAAGAACUACUGGCGAAAAAAUUGGUGAAAAACGAGAUUUUUUACUUAAUUACCACGAUGACCCUUAACCUAGGAAGAAAAGAUGGAGGGCCCGGAUAUGUUGGUAUUCAGUUUUGCCAAGAAUGUAAUAACAUGCUUUACCCGCGCGAAGAUAAAAAUAAUAAAGUAUUGCUAUAUGCCUGUAGAAAUUGUGACUACAAACAAUUAGCCGAUUCUAAUUGUGUAUAUGUUAACAAAAUUAUGCACGAAGUUGACGAAUUAACUCAUAUAAAUCCUGAUGUCGUGAGUGAUCCCACAUUGCCCAGAACAAAAGAUCACAUGUGUCCAAAAUGUAAUCAUCGUGAAGCUGUGUUCUUCCAAGGGCAAACAAGGCGAGCAGAAGAAGAAAUGAGACUUUAUUAUGUCUGUACAAGUUGCAAACACAGAUGGACUGAGUGAAUAUGUUUUAGAGGUAUUGUAUUAAUUAUUAACCAAAAUAAAGAUAUUUCUUUUC